AUGGCUACAACUGAUGAACUCAACACCUCUUCAACGACAGAUUCUUCACCUGUCACAUCAACCGCUUCUAUGAUCAACAUCAAACUUCCACCAUACUGGCCUAACUAUCCAGAACUUUGGUUUUCUCAAAUUGACGCUCAAUUUACGACGCGCAAUAUCACCUCACAAAAAACGAAAUACGCUUACGUUGUUGGUUCCCUUCAACCCGAAAUUGCUCAGGAGGUUCGCGAUAUCAUCCUUCAUCCCCCAGCUCGUGAUCCAUUUGACAUCCUGCGACGCGAGUUAAUCCACCGUACCUCAACAUCUGAGCAACAGCGACUUCACCAACUGCUCACAGGCGAAGAACUAGGAGAUCGGAAGCCUUCCCAACUCCUUUGCAAGAUGGAACAACUACUUGGUACCCAGACAUUGCCCCCAUCCAUCAUGAAACAAUUAUUUAUACAACGUCUCCCUACCAAUGUUCAGGCUAUUCUGGCACCUACACAGGACACUCUUGACCUCAACAACCUUGCCAAGUUGGCCGAUAAAAUUAGAGUACAGGCUCUCAAUCUUCGUUUCCCUUCAUCGUCAGAUGUCAAUAACCGUCUACCUCGCCCUCGUCCGCAACCGACUGAUCCCACUCACAGAUCAUCUAAUAAUGGUUAUUGCUGGUAUCACGCCAAAUUCGGCGCCACUGCCCGCAAAUGUGUUCAACCUUGUACUUUCCACACAUCGCUACCGUCAAACUACAACGCCAGACAAUAG